UCUCGACCCUUUGCAUCAUUUGUACGUAAUUCGCUCCCUCAACAUAAUCCGUCUGUCUGUUAUCAUCGCCGGUCGAAGCAACGACAUACAAUUCCAUUCCUUUAAGUGAAGAGAAAUCGAAAUUAUACCCGAAGCCAAAAUGCAGUUCACAACUCUCGCCAUCGCUCUCUUCGCCGCCUCGGUCUCCGCCCAGAGCGCGCAGCAGCUCAUCUCUGAGAUCCCGUCUUGCGCAAAGCCCUGCCUCGAUGAUGCCUCGACCAAGAUCGGCUGCUCGACUACCGACACGAAGUGCCAGUGCGGCAAGAUCGACGACCUGACCACCCAGGCCAUCGGUUGCGUAUCUAUAUCUUGCAGCGCCGACGACUUGACUCAGACUACUAAGCUGAGCGCCCAGAUUUGCGCCGUAGCUGCCUCUGACGCUGGAAGUUCUGCUGCUAGUUCGGUCGUUUCUAGCGCCGGCUCGGCUGCUACUUCCGCCAUUGCUUCCCUAACCGGCGCCACCGGUACUUCCGCCAGCACCAGCGCAACCGCGACCCCAACUACCAAUGCUGGUAACCGGGCCGCCGCCGGCCUCGGUUUUGCUGCCGCCGUAGCCGCCUUCGCUCUAUAGGCAAUGGGCGCAUUAUUAUGUAAUUGAUGGGAUCUUUCGUGGCGUAGUAUCUUUACCGUUGGAGCAAUGUGUUAAAAGAAAAAGUUAUUUGAUACCAGUGGAAAAGCGAGAAGAACAAUUGAUUAUAUCUAUAAUUGUCUUAG